AUGGCUUCAAUUGCAAAGGUGCUGCGACCUGUGGUCCAAAGGGCUGCCUCGACCGCCCGCCCCUCCGUCAGACCUGCGCGAGUAAGCAGGAUAUAUCAACAUUCCAGACCUCUAUCUGCAACCACACCCCGCCGGGAGGCAGUCGACAUCACCGAAAUCCCUCCCACGCCCAUUACACACCUCUCCGAGAUUGAGGCCGCUAUGGCCGACUCGGUGUCCAAGUUUGCCAACGACGUGAUCGUGCCCAAGGUCCGGGAGAUGGACGAGAAAGAGUCCAUGGACCCGGCAGUCGUGGAGCAGCUCUUCGAGCAAGGCCUCAUGGGUGUCGAGAUUCCCGAGGAGUACGGAGGCGCUGGCAUGAACUUUACGGCGGCAAUUGUCGGUAUUGAGGAGCUGGCACGGGUCGACCCCAGCGUGAGCGUGUUGGUAGACGUGCACAACACCCUGGUCAACACGGCAGUGUUGAAGUGGGGGAGCGCGGAGCUGAAGAAGAGGUGGUUGCCGAAGCUGGCUACGAAUACGGUCGGGUCGUUUUGUCUUUCGGAGCCGAUCUCGGGAUCCGAUGCGUUUGCGCUGACGACGAAGGCAACGAGGACGGAGUCGGGGUACAAGAUCUCGGGGAGCAAGAUGUGGAUUACAAACUCGAUGGAGGCUGACUUCUUCAUUGUAUUUGCGAAUUUGGAUCAGAGCAAAGGGUAUAAAGGCAUCACAGCCUUCAUUGUCGAGAAAGACAUGAAGGGCUUCUCCAUUGCGAAGAAGGAAAAGAAACUUGGUAUCAAAGCUAGCAGCACGUGUGUAUUGAACUUUGACGAUGUCGAGGUACCAUCAGGAAACCUGCUGGGCAACGAAGGUGAUGGCUACAAAUACGCUAUUGGACUUCUCAACGAAGGCCGCAUCGGCAUUGCGGCCCAGAUGACUGGUCUUGCGCUGGGUGCCUUUGAGAACGCUGUGAAGUACGUCUGGAACGACCGCAAGCAAUUCGGCCAAUUGGUUGGCGAUUUUCAAGGCAUGCAACAUCAGAUCGCGCAAGCGUAUACUGAAAUCGCCGCCGCGAGAGCGCUGGUAUACAACGCUGCCCGCAAGAAGGAGGCAGGCCAGCCCUUCACCCAGGACGCUGCGAUGGCCAAAUUGUACUCGUCACAGGUCGCGCAGAGGGUCAGCGGACAGGCUAUCGAAUGGAUGGGCGGCAUGGGGUUCGUGAGGGAGGGGAUUGCAGAGAAGAUGUGGAGGGACAGUAAGAUUGGAGCUAUCUAUGAGGGAACGAGCAAUAUCCAGCUGCAGACGAUUGCGAAGAUGUUGAAGACGCAGUACACGAGCUAG